AUGACAUAUACCAGCUUGCCAACGGGGGUAUCGCCGCCGUUAGCGGAGGUCAAUGCCCACAACCAUACCGGGCUGGUGAUUAUUUUUGCCAGCAUCUGUCUGUUUCUGAUCCUCAGCUCACUCGGAAUGCGAAUCUAUGCCGUCUCGCAGCGGUCGAUGGUCAUGAACGACGAUUAUGUCCUCACCCUUGCAGUCGCUGUGGCUGUGGCGCAAAUUAGUGUGGUGCUUUUCGAAGCCCACGUGGGAUGGGGCAAGAGUGGCGAGCUACUCAAUCCGUCGGACACCGGGGCUAUGGACAAGAGCGUCUAUGCGUCAGACCUGCUCUACAUCAUCAUCCUCGGGCUGUCCAAGUGCUGCACCAGUCUCUUCUACCAGCACCUAUCCCCAUUCACCACCCGCCGGGUCACUCGUGGAUUGCUCGGACUGUCGGUCGCCUGGACCAUUCUCUCGACUUUCCUUCUCGCCAUCCGGUGUAGCCGUGAUCCCUGGAAAGAUAUCAAUCAUGACUGUGAUUCUCUGCUCACGCACUGGACCGUGAUCACCGUGCUCGAUAUUGCCGUCGAAGCCAUGCUGCUGCUAUAUCCGGUGAAGCUCAUCUACCGCCUGCACCUCAAGCGCUCCCGUAAGCUGACUGUCCUGGCCAUCUUGGGUUGCCGCGGAAUCCUCAUCCCCCUCGCCAUACUGCAUUAUACCUCCAUCCGAGAGCAGAUCACCUCCAGCAAUCCCACGCUGGCAGGCGCAUACGCCACCGUCAUCGAAGAGCUGCAUCUCUCCACCAGCAUCCUCCUGCUGACGCUCUCCUCCGCGAAGCUGUUCCUCGCUGCCUAUGAGGACGACGACGGACUGGCGUACAUGGACGAGUCGUCGCGCGGGAAAAGCCAGCCCCGGUCCAGAUCACGCAGGACACUCACCCUUUCCCGGCAGUUGGAUCAUAUGGAAGAUCCCAUCUUGCGGCACUCCCGCUCGGAUCUGCAGAUCGUCAAGGAUGUGCAGAUCUCGGUCACUAGUGAAACCAUUGAGCUUCGGGAUCAGACGGAUUGGUUGGGAUAG